CACGCCACGCCACGCCUACAAGGUGUUUUACCAGAACAAGGGUCUCUGAGCUGUCUAUGGACCAGAGCAGAGAUGUGGGAAAGCAGCUUUGGCAUUUUACAAACUGAGGAUUCCAAUACAAUAAUGAACAGCUUGUUAUCAACUGGCAGUUGUUCUGCCUUAGCUUGCAAUUCCUAGCCUCAUUCAGCCAGCUGAGAAUCUUUUUUGUUGAAUAUGACACGAGAACAGUAUAUACUGGCAACACAGCAGAACAGCCUGCCAAGGAUUGAAAAUCCGCAACUUUAUCCAGUGGGAAUUUAUGGAUGGCGAAAGAGGUGCUUAUACUUCUUUGUCCUUCUGCUGUUGGUUACCAUGAUUGUUAACUUAGCAAUGACAAUAUGGAUUUUGAAGGUUAUGAAUUUCACAGUGGAUGGAAUGGGGAAUCUGAGAGUCACCAAAAAAGGAAUUCGACUUGAAGGCAUAUCUGAAUUUCUACUUCCAUUGUAUGUGAAAGAAAUACAUUCCCGAAAGGAUAGCCCACUGGUCUUACAGUCUGACAGGAACGUAACAGUGAAUGCAAGAAACCACAUGGGACAGGUAACUGGACAACUGACUGUAGGAGCUGAUGCUGUGGAGGCCCAGUGUAAGAGAUUUGAAGUGAGGGCAAGUGAAGGUGAAAAGGUGCUGUUUUCUGCAGAUGAAGAUGAGAUCAUCAUUGGAGCUGACAGACUCAAAGUAACAGGCACAGAAGGGGCAGUGUUUGGGCACUCUGUGGAGACACCCCAUAUCAGAGCAGAACCUUCCCAAGACCUCAAACUUGAGUCUCCAACUAGAUCUUUGAUAAUGGAAGCUCCAAGGGGAGUCCAAGUUAGUGCAGCUGCAGGAGAUUUAAAGGCAACGUGUAGGAAAGAACUGCACUUGCAGUCCACAGAAGGGGAGAUAUUUUUAAAUGCAGAUAUAAUCCGACUGGGAAAUCUACCAAUGGGUUCCUUUUCAUCUUCCCCAUCUAGCUCCUCAACUCCUCGACAGACUAUCUAUGAGCUCUGCGUUUGUCCCAAUGGUAAACUGUACCUUUCCCCGGCAGGAGCAGGCUCUACUUGUCAAUCCACUAGCAACAUCUGUUUGUGGAGCUGAAAUGACUCCAGUUUCUCCUCACACCAGAAUAGCCUUUUGUUACUGUCCCUCUGCUUCACAGUUCUGCUCGGUUUCCCUUGUGACAAAUUUGAAGCUUCAAAUGGCCUGCAGAGCAACUUCUUCCAGUGUAAGCAGGAAUACAACGCUGCCUUCUCUUGUGGCUCAUGUUACCACUCAACGUAGAGAUGGGAGUGAGAUAUUCAAAAAUAAAUGUAAUCUUCAUCAGGAAACCUGGAUCAUAAUAUCAUCUUUUGUCCAAAAGAGAGAAUAACACAGGUGCCUUUGCUACGUGAAGUGAAGCACAUAGUUUUAGUUUUAUGCAGUACCUGGAUAUGAACUGCACGCAUAUAUACAGUACUUAUACAAAUUUACCCAGAAUCCAAUCAUGAGAUGAAUAGGUAACCCCUGUAUGAUAAUUAACUUUACUAUCUGAAAGCACAAUUUUCCAUUCAUCUUUUUGGAUGUAAACUUUUAU